GGGACUAAAAUAGGAUUUAACUCAAUUAAAAAAAAUAAAUAAAAAACCCAACUCACCGUAACUUUUUCCCCUCUUCCAUAUCACCACUCCCCCACCGCCCUAUCGCCACCACUGUCCGCCCCACUGCCACCCAUUCCCCAUCCCCUUCGAUAAACAAAACAUUUCAUCGAGUGACAGUCAAUUGAAACCUCCAUAUUUGGUGUAAGAAUUCUGUACUCGCCAGUGUAAGAACCCUAAAACCCUUUCAGUGGUUCAAAGAUUAGGGCGGUCAACAAUAAAUUUCAGCUAUAUCUUGUCAAUAAUGCCAAAGAUGAAGCUCCAUUCAACACCACUGCAACGAUCUAUCUUUACCAUGCCUUUUCUCUCUGAGAGAAUUAAACAAACAGAAAAUGAGAUUGUUCAAAUGUUCCGGUUGUCGGGUCCCAGAGACGAUACAAGAAAUUUACCUGUUAAUCAAAGAACAUCAAGAAAGAACAACUCUGCAAGGAUACUGGACGAGCGAUUUAUUAGGAUACUAAAGAUUUUCAAGUGGGGGCCUGAUGCAGAAAAGGCUCUAGAGGUACUAAAGUUACGAGUUGAUCAUCGAUUAGUUCGUGAGGUUUUGAAUAUAGACGUAGACGUUAAUGUUAAGAUGCGGUUUUUUAAAUGGGCUGGUAAAAGACGAAACUUUGAGCAUGAUUCAACUACUUACAUGGCUUUAAUAUACUGUUUGGCGGAUUCCGGAAUGUUUGGGGAUAUGUGGAAGAUGAUCCAAGAAAUGGUACGAAAUUCAGUUGUUAUCGAUCCGAAAGAUUUAUCGGAAAUUGUUAAACUACUAGGAAAGUCAAAGAUGGUCAACAAAGCACUUUCCCUGUUUUAUCAAGUCAAAGGACGGAAAUGCAAACCGACUGCAAGUACUUAUAACUCCAUUAUUUUAAUGCUAAUGCAAGAAAAUCAUCCCGACAAAGUGUACGAUCUUUACAGUGAGAUGUGUAAUGAAGGUAAUUGCUUUCCCGACACGAUAACGUACAGUGCAUUGAUGUCGGCUUUUGCCAAAUUAGGCCAUGAUCAACCUGCUAUAAGAUUGUUUGACGAAAUGAAGGAGAACGGGUUUCAUCCGAAUGCGAAAAUUUACACAACGUUAUUAGGAAUACAUUUUAAAGCUGGUAGGGUAGAAAAGGCGCUAGAUUUAGUGACAGAAAUGAAAGAUGGAAAUUGCGCGCCCACUGUUUACACUUAUACGGAGUUGAUAAAAGGGCUCGGAAAAGCCGGGAAAGUAAAAGAAGCAUAUGGGGUUUACGUAAACAUGCUAAAACAAGGUUGUAAGCCCGAUGUGGUUCUGAUAAACAAUGUUAUAAACAUAUUGGGCCGGGCCGGGCUUGUAGCUGAUGCUAAAAAGGUUUUCGAGGAGAUGAAGCUGUAUCAUUGUGAACCGAAUGUAGUGACGUACAACACUAUGAUUAAGGCUCUUUUUGAUUCUAAAACGUCAUCGUAUGAAGCUUUUUUAUUGUUCGAGAAAAUGAAGGAGAAGGGGAUUGUUCCGAGCUCGUUUACGUACUCGAUUCUCAUCGACGGUUGUUGUAAAACUAAUAAAGUCGAAAAAGCGUUGUUGCUUCUAGAAGAAAUGGAUGAAAAGGGCUUUCCUCCUUGCCCGGCCGCUUACUGUAGUAUAAUUAACACUCUCGGAAAAGCGAAACGUUACGAAGCUGCGAACGAGUUGUUUCAAGAAUUAAGGGAAAAUUGCGGGUCGUCUAGCUCUAGGGUAUACGCGGUUAUGAUAAAAAACUUGGGAAAAUGUGGGCGGUUGGAUGAAGCAAAGGAUCUUUUUAACGAGAUCAAGAAAACGGGGUCGGUUCCGGAUGUUUACGCUUACAAUGCGCUUUUGUCGGGUAUGGUACGGGGCGGUUUGAUCGAUGAAGCGUAUUCGUUAAUGAGGGAUAUGGAAGAAAACGGUUGUGUGGCGGAUAUAAACUCGCAUAAUAUAAUUUUAAAUGGCUUGGCUAAAUGUGGUGGCCCGCAACGUGCAAUGGUUAUGUUUGAAAAAAUGAAGCGUUCGCAAAAUAAACCGGAUGCGGUUACUUAUAACACACUUCUUGGGUGUCUUAGUCACGCGGGCAUGUUUGAUGAGGCUGCGAAACUUAUGAGAGAGAUGCGAUCAUGUGGUUUUGAAUAUGAUGCUAUUACGUAUUCAUCGAUACUUGAUGCAGUUGGCAAGAUUGAUGAUGAAGAUCCAACACAUCAAGCUACAUAAAAAUGAUUUUUGUAAGGCGUAAACGGGCUCAUUUAAAUCAAUUUUUCUAUGAGACUCUGUGGUCAAAGCUGUGAUCUUGAUCCUCUAGCAAGACGCAAAACGUCGAAUUUGGUGAUUACAGGUUUGUUUAGAGUCCGAAAUGAACUAAAAAGACAAAUUUACCCCUAGCAGGUGGUUUUAAGGGGCCUGGUGGUGAAUAGAGAUGCUUGAAUGACUUUAGUCACACAGUUUACUCUAAUCCGACUGGUUUACUGGCCUAUUUCCUUACGGGUAAACAUGAUGGAUGGAUUUGUAUAUGUUUAUUGUGUUACAGUUUCGAAAUAAAAUUCGUAAACACUGUAUAACUUCUUAAUCAUCAACAUAUAUAACUAACUUAAA